CCAGGACCCUUUAUAUCUGGUCUCCCCGGACCACAUUCACUAUAUCUGGUCUCCCCGGACCCUGCAUUCACUAUAUCUGGUCUCCCCGGACCCUGCAUUCACUAUAUCUGGUCUCCCCGGACCCUGCAUUCACUAUAUCUGGUCUCCCCGGACCCUGCAUUCACUAUAUCUGGUCUCCCCGGACCCUGCAUUCACUAUAUCUGGUCUCCCAGGACCCUGCAUUCACUAUAUCUGGUCUCCCAGGACCCUCAUUCACUAUAUCUGGUCUCCCACAGUACACAGAACAUGGAAAUGCACCCUCCCAAGAAAAAGAAAAAAAAACUCUCUAGCAAUACACACCAAACUGAGCAUGUGUAUGUGACCAUGGGUUCAGUCUGUAUCAGGUGGUCA